CGGUUCCUGCUUCUGCCAUGGGCCGCCGCCCUGCUCGCUGUUACCGGUAUUGUAAGAACAAGCCGUACCCCAAGUCUCGUUUCUGCAGAGGUGUCCCCGAUUCCAAGAUCCGCAUCUUUGACCUGGGUCGGAAGAAGGCCAAAGUGGAUGAGUUCCCACUGUGUGGCCACAUGGUAUCGGAUGAGUACGAGCAGCUCUCCUCGGAAGCCUUGGAGGCAGCCCGCAUCUGUGCCAACAAGUACAUGGUGAAAAGUUGUGGCAAAGACGGCUUCCACAUCCGAGUGCGGCUGCACCCUUUCCACGUCAUCCGCAUCAACAAGAUGCUGUCCUGUGCCGGUGCUGACCGGCUGCAGACGGGGAUGCGAGGAGCCUUUGGGAAGCCCCAGGGUACAGUGGCGAGGGUCCACAUCGGCCAGGUCAUCAUGUCCAUUCGCACCAAGCUGCAGAACAAGGAGCACGUGAUUGAAGCCCUACGCAGGGCCAAGUUCAAGUUCCCUGGUCGCCAGAAGAUUCACAUCUCCAAAAAAUGGGGCUUUACUAAGUUCAAUGCCGACGAAUUCGAAGACAAGGUGGCUGCCAAGCGUCUCAUUCCGGAUGGUUGUGGGGUCAAGUAUGUCCCCAGUCACGGCCCUUUGGACAAGUGGCGAGCUCUGUACUCCUGA